AUCAGUUGUCUGCUAGAAGAAGCCACAGUCAUCUGACAGAGGAAACGGACACCACCAUCCGAGGUCCUCUCUCCCCUCCUCGCCACUCCGCCCGGAAUCAACCAUGGCCUUCUGCGGCUACAAAUUCUCGCUGUGCCUCCUGCUGAUCAGCUGUUGGGGCCUGGUGCAGCUGCUGUUGAUGGGGAUGCUGUUCUACUGCGAGACGCCGGCCUUCCUCGAGGACCUGCCGCUGACGGGGCCCUACGAGAACGUCGGCCAGUACAUGAACGACGUCCACCACGGCUUCGGGACCAACGCGCUCAACUGCCUGAUCGCCGCCUGCCUCUACAUCAUCACCCUGGGCGUGUCCGGCUGGCAGUUCUAUCUCAACCAGAAGACGACCUAUCAGGUGUAGGCCUAGGCGGAGUGUCUAGGCCUAGUGGUGC